UCUUCAUAAAGUCUUGUGAAGUACAGAGUUUCUGUUCCUUUCCCUCUGAUCAUUGAAACUCAAGAACUUGAUGGAACUCAAGUUGAGGAAAUUGCAACAAAGAAAAUUUAUUUUUCCAAAUGGGUUUUCUCAGAUAUACACUUCACCUGAUCGAUUUCCUCGCUUGGCCGGUACUUGCUCUGGGCUAUCCUCUAUUUGCAUCAAUACGAGCGAUUGAGACUGGCUCCAAGUAUCACAUGAGGAAGCUAGUCACAUAUUGGACCAUCUUUUCCUUUAUUUCUCUGUUUGAGCACGUGUUUGAGAAGCUUAUUGAAUGGGUUCCUCUCUGGCCAUAUAUAAAAUUAAUAACCAUAUGUUGGUUGGUGAUACCGCCGUUUAACGGUGCAUGUUAUCUUUAUCAAAACCUUAUUCGUCCAUGUUUUCCACUUAAACUGCACGAUAGUAUCAGGCAGUUUAGUGAUCCUUGCUAUGUCUACCAACGCCUUCUAUAUUUGUGCUUGUCUGUCAACCUUCAAACUGUUACUGACUGGUUUAACAAACCAAUGGAGGAUCCAUAUCUCAAGAAUGAAACAUUUCUGGCUGUGGCAGAGAGGUAUCUUGAAGAAAAUGGUUCUGAUGCUCUGGAGAAACUUAUUGCAGACAAGGAUUAUAGUUCGAAUCAUCAUGCAGAAGAGAUCAAGCCUACUGAUACUAGUGAUGAAGCAGGAAAGCUUUCCCUCAACCAGAGAGAAUGUGAAGGGAGUGAUCCUGUUUGGGAAGAUAUCAAAGUGAUGGAGCAUAUGGCAAAACAUGAAGCUGCUGAGACCAAACUGGGAUAUCCAAUUCAGAUUGAGAAGAAAACGACAGGAGUGCAGGUCAAGGAAAUGGUAGUUCCAGCAGAUGCUGAAGAGAUUAAACUUCCAGAGAUUACGUCUUCAAAGCAAGUUCAGACAGAGUGGACUUGUGCAGUAUGCCAAGUGAUAACCAGCUCAGAGCAGAACUUGAAGUCCCAUCUUAACGGAAUGAAACAUAAAGCAAGGUGUGCAGGGCUGAAAACUUGCAAGCAAACAGCCAAAAGUGAAGGAAGCUCACCUGUUACAACAAAGUCAAAUCAGCUUAAUCAGGAGAAAGUCAAACAUGAAGCUGCAGCACGAUCAGAGCACAUUGCUAAUGAAGCAGCUGAGCCCAAACAGGUUAAAAUUCUGAAGGAAACUCCAAUUCAGAUUGAAAAGAAAACAACUGCUGUGCAGAUCAAGGAAACAGCGCUUCCAGCAGAUGCCGAGGAGAUUAAACUCCCAGAAACUAAUUCCGUAAAGAAAGUUCAGACAGAGUGGACGACAACUAAGUCAGAGCAUGACUUGGAGUGCCAUCUUCUAGGGAGGAGAGAUGAGGAAAAUUGUGAAGUGCUGAAAACUUUCAAGAAAACAGCAAAAACUGAAAGAAACCCCUCUUUUCCUCCAAAUAUGCCAGACAAGCUUAAGGAGCAAGUAAAACAUGCAAUUUCAACAAAAAGAAAGCAUAGUACUAAUGAAAAACCUAAAGAAAAGGUCCAACUAGGAGCUACUGGACAACAUCAAAAGCAGAAGCAAGUGAAGAAAGCUGGCGGUGCUGCUCAUAAUUCUAAGCUGUGGUGUAGGUUUUGUAACAUUAGGUGCCCUGGCGAGAUUGAUAUGGCUUCACAUCUUAAUGGUAGGAAGCACUUGGCAAAACUUCAAGAAACAAUGAGUUUUACUGGUGGAACGUGGGCUUCGGAUUAUGCAAAUAUGCAAUUUUACCAGGGUAUUUGAAGGUGUUUGGUCUAAUUUAGGGGGCGUGCCGUUGAAGCUACUUUGUUCUAUUAUCCAUACUGAAAUUUAGUUGUUUAAUCACUGGGAAGGAAAAAAAGAGGAAAAGUUUAUGUCGAAAGGUGAGAUAUCAUUGUGUAUAAUCAGUUGGUAUGAGCAAUCAGAGCUUCUAAUUUUAA